AAGAAGAACACAUCUUUGCAGCAACUGAUUUGGACAAGUCAUGAGUGGAUGUCCGUACUUUGAGAAGAGGCAUUUGUUAUUCAAAAACAAGCCUCCAACAGCGGAGGAAGAAGAGGAUGGCUCUCAGGCUGGGGUUAACAAGGCCAGUAAAGGAGGAAUCAUCUACGGAGAGUACCUGCAGCUCGACAAAAUAGUCUCGGCCCAGGUGUUGCAGAGUGAGUUGAAGGGUAAUAAGAUCCAUGAUGAGCACCUCUUCAUUGUCACCCAUCAAGCCUAUGAACUUUGGUUCAAACAGAUUUUGUGGGAGCUGGAUUCAGUGCGACACAUCUUUACCACUGGAUGUGUCAGAGAUGAACGCAACAUGCUCAAAGUCAACAAUCGCAUCCACAGGAUUGUGAUGAUCUUCAAACUGUUGGUCGACCAGUUUUCAGUUUUGGAGACAAUGACAGCUUUGGACUUCUUUGACUUUAGGGAAUACCUGGCUCCAGCCUCUGGAUUCCAAAGCCUCCAGUUUCGGAUCUUGGAAAACAAAAUCGGGGUCCCGGACAACCUGAGGGUCCCAUACAACAGACGCCAUUACAGGGACAACUUCAAGGGUCAUGAGAGUGAGAUGCUGCUCGCUACUGAACAGGAGCCAACACUCCUAAAACUGGUGGAGGAGUGGCUGGAGAGAACUCCUGGCUUGGAGGUGGAUGGAUUCAAUUUCUGGGAAAGGUUUGAAAUCAAUAUAUUUGAUGGGCUGAACAAGGAGAAGGAAAAAAUCGAGGCAAUGGAAGUUUCUGAGGACAAGGAGGAAAUGAUGCUUGAGCUGAUCAAACAGAAAGAGCUGUUCACUUCUCUGUUUGAUGAAAAGCGACACGACCAUCUGCUUAGCAAAGGUGAGAGGCGGCUGUCUUACAAGGCUCUCCAAGGCGCCCUAAUGAUCUACUUUUACAGGGAAGAGCCGAGGUUUCAGGUUCCCUUCCAGCUGCUCACAUCCCUCAUGGAUAUUGACACCCUCAUGACAAAAUGGAGAUACAAUCAUGUUUGCAUGGUGCAUCGCAUGAUUGGCAGCAAAGCCGGCACAGGGGGCUCGUCUGGAUACCACUACCUCAGAUCCACUGUCAGUGACCGCUACAAAGUGUUUGUGGAUCUGUUCAAUCUGGCAACGUUCCUGGUGCCUCGCCACUGGGUGCCCAAGCUAAAUCCCAACAUCCACAAGUUCCUCUACAUGGCCGAAUGCUGCGACAGCUCCUACUGCAGCAGUGAAGACUCAGACUAAGAGGCGCCAGAGCCUUUUUUCACUCUAACUGGCUUUCAAACAGGAGAUCCCAGCUGGAACAUUUUAGUGACAGGUGAACAGGGGGGCCGUCAAAGCAUGCAAAGAGAUCAGCGUGAUGUACCUCAAAAAGCCGAUACGCUGAAAAAAAGGUUGUGUUUUCACCCGAAAACAUGUGCUGUUUUUGUUGGAAACACACAAUUAACAAAAAUACAUGGCAUUUUUGGAGCAUCUUAAUUGCAUUUUUUUAAGGUAAACAUGGCACAUAGAGGGAUCGUGUCAGAUGGUUGACAAUCUAAACCACCAUAAUGUCUAUUAGGGAGAAACAUUUGAUGAGUUGUAUGUUUACUAUCUAGGAAGUCAUGAGAUCGGGACAUGUAAAUAUGGAAAAUAACUAAAUGUGUUCAUUUGAAUGGUUAAGCAUGGUGAGAAAUGUCUCUUUAUCUAAGGGUGCCACUAAAAGCCCACCAAAUGUGCUUUGUUAACAGAGAACAGCAGAUUUCUAGUUCAUUAGUUAAAUCAAGCUGAGGUUCAUACGGCAGAGACUUGUGACGCAGUGUCUGACCCUGAAUAAUUAAAAUGGCCAAAUGAGACUAUUUUAGUCUAAUGUCUAAUCUUGACCGGUGACACAGUACAGCAGAUGGCUCCUUGAUAAAAUGUGCUUAGAUGUGUUUUUCAAUACAAUUAUGUAAAUCCAUUGUGACUGACCUGAAAGCAAAUGGAUCAGUGAGAGCAGUGAUCAAACUCUGGUUCAACAAACCCCUGGUGUUUCCUGUGAGCACGGGGAAGGUGUCAGACAGGAAGCCAAUUCAGACUACUAGGAUGUUUUAGGGCAGAUACAAUCAUUAUAAAGCUGCGUACAAAAUGUCAAUAUCACCACCUAUAAGACAAUUUGCAGAGCAUAAAUAAUGAACUGUAGAACGUGUACAUAAUGUUAAUAGUGUAGUUGUGUAAUAAUGUGUUUUGUAUAGUAUGCUAUUUCAUUAAUUUAAUUGCGUAUUUAUACAAGGAUUGAUCUCUGUAUACAUCGACUGUUAGCCACAUCACUGUGUAAAACGUGUAUCUACCUUAUGUAUUUAAUAAGAUGCAUUUUUGUAUACUUAUUAUUAUAGUUGUGCAGUGUGUUUGUCGUGCAUGUAUGAUUACAAAUGUAUCUGCAUAAAGUGAUUUAUUUUGUUUAAGAAAUGUAACAUGGUGAUAUAUUAAUAAAAAACAUUAUUUA